CACACCUCUGCAGCUGGCCCGAGGAGUGGGGAGCAGAGCAGCUCCUGCCAGAACGGGACCGAGGGCAGGAGGGCCAUGCGACCGCUGAGCAGCAAAGAAGGGCAUUGCUGCAGAUGCGCUUGAGGCCCCCAGAGUAAGCCCUGCUGAGUCUGCCAGGGUGGCAGCCCCAAACCAAAUCUCUCCCAAGGACAUCAGUCAUAGCCCCUACCUUUGCCUGCUACCCCAACCCACUGCCCUGUCUUCUCCUACAGCAGCAUCCCCUCCAUAGGAGUGCUCAGGAAACAUCUCCAGCAACCUUGUGAUUUCCCUGGUGCUACUGCGGGGAAGCGAUGAAGGCCAGCGUGCACCAAAGUCCAGUGUGAGAGAGAAAAUCAGCAGUUCACUCGCCGCCAUGAGCCAGCCAACCUCAGCCACCACGGAGCUGCCCGUGCUGCCGGGGGACACGACAGCAGCCUUUGGGGUGGCAGACAUCAUCGUUGUGGUUUUUUACUUUGUCUUUGUCCUUGCCGUCGGGAUAUGGUCAUCGAUAAGAGCAAGCCGGGGGACCAUUGGAGGCUAUUUCCUAGCUGGACGAUCCAUGACUUGGUGGCCUAUUGGAGCAUCCCUGAUGUCAAGCAACGUGGGCAGUGGCUUAUUCAUUGGCCUGGCAGGAACUGGAGCAGCUGGGGGUCUUGCUGUUGGGGGCUUUGAGUGGAAUGCCACCUGGGCACUUCUGGCUCUCGGCUGGAUCUUUGUGCCUGUUUACAUCGCAGCAGGAGUGGUCACCAUGCCCGAGUACCUUCAGAAGAGAUUUGGAGGGCAGAGGAUACAAAUCUACAUGUCCAUACUGUCCCUCGUUCUCUAUAUAUUCACCAAGAUAUCUACAGACAUUUUUUCCGGAGCAUUGUUCAUCCAAAUCUCUUUGGGCUGGAACCUCUACUUGUCCACUGUGGUCUUGCUAGCAGUGACUGCUGUCUACACCAUAGCUGGCGGUUUAACGGCUGUGAUAUACACAGAUGCACUGCAAACCCUGAUCAUGGUGCUGGGAGCUUUGGUCCUCAUGUUCAUAGGAUUUGAAAAAGUUGGCUGGUAUGAAGGACUUCAGGAGAAAUACAGCACAGCAAUACCAAAGAUCAUAGUCCCAAACACGACCUGUCACCUUCCACGUGGGGAUGCCUUUCAUUUGUUCAGGGAUCCAGUCACAGGAGACAUUCCUUGGCCUGGCCUUAUAUUUGGUCUCUCUGUGCUGGCUCUUUGGUGCUGGUGCACUGACCAGGUGAUAGUCCAGAGGUCUCUCUCUGCCAAGAACCUCUCCCAUGCCAAAGGUGGAUCGGUGCUGGGAGGAUAUCUGAAAAUCUUCCCUAUGUUUUUCAUUGUCAUGCCAGGAAUGAUCAGCAGAGCUCUUUACCCAGAUGAAGUGGGCUGCGUAGACCCAGACAUCUGUAAAAGGGUCUGUGGAGCUGCAGUGGGUUGUUCCAACAUCGCCUACCCCAAACUCGUAAUAGAGCUCAUGCCCGAUGGGCUCCGGGGUUUGAUGAUUGCUGUGAUGAUGGCAGCCUUGAUGAGUUCCCUCACCUCCAUUUUCAACAGCAGCAGCACUCUCUUCGUUAUAGACAUCUGGCAACGGAUCCGCAGAAAGGCUUCAGAGCAGGAGCUGAUGAUUGUGGGCAGAAUCUUCAUCCUCAUCCUUGUAGUCAUCAGUAUUCUCUGGAUCCCGAUCAUUCAAUCAGCCAACAGCGGCAAGCUCUUUGACUACAUUCAGUCCAUAACCAGCUAUCUAGCCCCACCGAUCACAGCUCUCUUCAUCUUGGCAAUCUUCUGCAAGAGGAUUAAUGAGCCUGGUGCUUUCUGGGGUCUCAUGGUUGGGCUAGCUGUUGGUCUCGUUCGGAUGAUCAUCGAGUUUAUUUAUAGCACACCGUCUUGUGGUGAGGAGGACAGAAGACCAGCUGUGCUAAAGGACUUGCACUACCUCUACUUUGCCCUCAUCCUCUGUGUCCUCACUGCAAUUGUCAUUGUCCUUGUUAGUCUCUGCACCCCACCGAUCCCCGAAGAAAAGCUCGCUUGCCUGACGUGGUGGACAAGACACAGAAAAGCACCUGCCAUUGACCUGAAAAAUUACAAGAGUGAAGAAGCACAGAUCAAUCCAGCCAACGGAGAGAGUGACUUGGUCGAAAGUGCAGAUUCAGGUGAUAAGGAGGAGUCAGCAGCCAAGCCUCCCUGCUGGAAAAUGCUGUACUUGUGGUUCUGUGGUCUGUCCACCGGUCCUGCACCCACCCUGUCCCAGGAGGAGAGAGCUGCCCUGGAGCGGAGACUCACCAGCAUCGAGGAAAAGCCCCUGUGGAAGACUGUUUGCAAUGUUAAUGCUAUUGUCCUGCUGACCGUUAAUGUCUUUCUGUGGGCAUAUUUUGGCUGAGGUGGGGUCAGGCAGCAUGUGGCUUUGGUUUCUCUCAGAGGUCCUCAUCUUCAUGUCUAAGCCAGAGGCGUCGGGUGACAGACACCCUGGUGAUGGUCCCCGGAGGUGCUGGCACGCCUUGGUGCAGCCCUUCCCCAGAGGCACUGUUUGCUGGAAAUGACUGUGGGGCUCGGUUUCUCCACAAGAUAAGGGGUGACCAAGACUCAAAACUGGUCACAUCCAGGAUGCAGGGAAUGUGUGGGACAGUGUGAAGUCAGGAGACCCAUGGUCAAUUUUAAAGGUGCUGAGCCAAGUCCAGCAAGGGGCAAAGGCUUUGGAAAGUCUGGUUGUGUCAUGGCUGGGUCCUCGCUCCCCUCAUGCACCAGCUCAGGGCUGACUUUGCUCUGCUGCUCUUAGUGGAAGGACUUCUGGUUUUCACUGGUGUGGGGAAGGACACCUAAGCACUACCUGCACGUUUUUUUAUAUGGCCAAAAUUCAGAUGGGGUUAGUGUGGGACUGCUGGAUUAGCUCAGCAGCGACAACCUUAGCUCCCACAGCAACCCCAGGACCUGAGUUGGAUCCCCCCCCGCCCCGAGCUGGCAUCGGCAGCAGGGACAGGGGCUUCCCUGCUCACCCUGUGCCCCCCCCACCUUGCCCAUUCUGCGGCGUGACAGUGGGUCUUACAACAACCUGACCUUGUUUACUCGUUGGGCCAAUCCUGCCCCUUAACAGCAUUACCAGCAAUAAAGGUGCCUUAGUAAUGAAGCCAAUUUUGACUUUGGAUUAUUGUGGUUAUAUAUCCUGCACUGACGCACAAAGCUCUCACUGGGACCAUGGUGACCUGGCUGUGGUAGGGUAAAGAAAUAGCCCUCCUUGGGCCAGGUCCAAGGCUGGACCUUGCCCUGCUUGUGCAAGUCCAGGCCCCUCUGACCCACCUUGGUUUCAUCUUGAAAUGUGGCAUGGCUAUAACCUUUUAAUCCACCUCUGGAGGAAGAGGUGGCGGUACCCACUGUUAGUAUCUUUGGUGGUUAGGAUGCUCAUCUGGAGAAGGUCCACAGAGAUGUGACCCCUCCACUCCAGUAUUUGAGGGUCACAUCCAAGCCACCAGGCAUGGGCUGUGUGGGGAGGCGAGGGCAUGCAGUGAAGUACAAUGCCAUAAAGAUGAAGAAAAUGAGUCAUGAUCCAGCAAGGCGAGAACAAACAAGGCUCUGUGCCCACCCGUCACAGGGAGCCCAGGUCAUGGUUCUCCCGCUCAUUCUCGGUUCGGAUGGAGGAGACUGAAUCAGCCAUGCAGGACAGGGUCUGUGCUGUGCUCAUGCAGGUCAAUACAAGCACUUGCUUUUUCUAAGAGGAAAAAGUAGAUUUUCUUUGAAUAAGGGAGAGCUCAGCUCUGUGAGUCGCCCGUCCAUCCCUGUGGGAAGAGGCGUGCGCCACAGAGCUUGCCUUGUCUUUCCACUAUUCAAUUUCGAGCAGGUGGUGCCCAGAUCAGAGGGUGCCUCAAAACAUUUAGAGGAAAUCAAGUUACCAGCUGUGAUUAAUAGCUGGUAAAUGUCUAAUAAUAACGGACACAUUUCUAAUGCAGAUAGAAAUACCAGGGCGCUCGCCUCCUCGCCUAGAGCAGCGAGGUGCUGAGUGCUCCUGAGCCACAGAGCCCCUCAGCAGCACUUAGCUCAAUGCCUUUGUUGGCUUUUUUGGACCCCACAUCCGCUACAGCCAUGGGGAAAGCGACGUGGAAUAGGAUGAGGAAAACUGGGGCAGUUUUUUUAAACAUUUGGGAUUAUUCUUCUCCCUUAAGAAAAAUUCAGUUUUGCAGAAAAUAAAGUGAACUUUACUACUUUUUUUUUUGGUUGGUUGGUUCGGUUUUUUACAUGACACAAAUAGUUUUAAUCUUUGGAUAUACGAUGCUGACCUCACGCCAUGGACGCUAGAAGAUGACGUUUCCUUUAAAAUGCUGAUGUCUAUGUCAGUUAAACAAAGUAAUGAGCUUUGAGAGAUGUGACUGCAUCCCUGAGCUUGGCCCACAGAAAGAAUGGACACAUCUGCACUGCCAGAUGCAGCCAGCUGUGCACCCCACAGGAGAAACACGUUUCAUUGGUAAAUUUAUUUGACUUACUACUC